UUAAAACCAUUUUGGGAGGCAUCUUGAAGCACCCAGGUGGACUUGACCUGCAGGCUGAGGCUGUCCUUUUCUCUGGUAUCUUUAAGGCUGGCAGGCUCAUGGAGAAAUGACACUGAUUGUAUGAAAGCAACCUCCCUCAGCCAACUACUGUCUUCCCGGGAAAGGCCCUGGAAGAAACAGGCUAGGAGACCACAUCCCUGCUCAGCUGAAGGAAAGCCAGAGAGCAACUGAGAAGAGGCUGAAAACUGAAUUUUGCAAACACACAAGACCUCUGCAUUCCCUCAUAGGGAAGGUUUUUUCUCAUCUUUGUUUCUCUCGAAGCACCUGGUGUGAGGAAAAACCUCUGCAUUGUCCAAGCAGAAGAAACAGUAUCUAUGACCGAAAGGGAUCAGCUAAGGUGGCUCAUCGCAGAGUAAAGGGAGUGACUUUUCGCAUUCUGUCUUGGAAUCAGAAGUUGAAUUCACGAACACAUAGGAUUUAGAUAAAAGUCAUGGGGUGUGGCAGUUCUUCAAUGAAAGACAAGAAAUCUGAGACAGUGCUAAAAGCCGCAUUGAUCAUCCAGAACUGGUACCGAAGGUACAGAGCUCGGUUGAAGGCCAGACAACACUAUGCUCUCACCAUAUUCCAGUCCAUCGAAUACGCUGAUGAACAAGGACAAAUGCAGCUAUCCAACUUCUUUUCCUUCAUGUUGGAAAACUAUGCGCUUGUAUGUGAGCAAAGUCCACAAUUAAUAAGGCGACUUUUUGAAAGCACCCUCCAGGAUAUCAAGGAUAGACAGGACUACGUGGCAUUGAUAGAUGUCCCAGAUUCCUAUGAUGGUCCUCGCCUACAAUUUCCUCUCACUUUUACUGAUAUUGAUUUACUUAUUGAGGCCUUCAAGCAACAACAGAUACUUCAUGCUCAUUAUGUCUUAGAGGUGCUGUUUGAAACCAAGAAAAUCCUGAAGCAAAUGCCGAAUUUCACUCACAUAAAGACUUCUCCUUCCAAAGGGAUAACAAUCUGUGGUGAUUUGCAUGGGAAACUGGAUGAUCUUUUUUUGAUCUUCUAUAAGAAUGGCCUCCCUUCAGGGAGCAACCCAUAUAUUUUUAAUGGUGAUUUUGUAGAUCGAGGAAGUAAUUCCAUGGAGAUCCUAAUGAUCCUGUUCGUGAGUUUUCUUGUCUACCCCAAUGACCUGCACUUGAACAGAGGGAACCAUGAAGAUUUUAUGAUGAAUAUGAGGUAUGGCUUCACGAGAGAAGUUUUAUAUAAAUAUAAGCUACACGGAAAAAAAAUCUUACAAAUCUUGGAAGACCUCUAUACCUGGCUCCCAAUUGGUACGAUCAUUGACAAUGAAAUCCUGGUCAUACAUGGCGGAAUAUCAGAGUCCACAGACUUGAAUUUACUCCACCGUUUAGAAAGAAACAAAAUGAAGUCUGUGCUGAUGCCACCAAUGUCAGUAAAUGGAAACCUUACCACUGACUUGAAGAAAAAUAAAGGAGGUGUACCUGUUGCUAUGCAUGGAAGACUCAGAGCAAGUCAAUCUUUUUCCGAACAGUUAUCAAAGAAUGAAUGGGGACAGGUUAUUGAUAUUCUGUGGAGUGAUCCCAGAGGCAUAAAUGGCUGUUACCCAAACACAAGUCGAGGAGGGGGCUGCUAUUUUGGGCCAGAUGUUACCUCCAAGGUUCUCAGUAAAUACCAGCUGAAGAUGCUCAUUAGGUCUCAUGAAUGUAAGCCUGAAGGGUAUGAAAUCUGCCAUGAUGGGAAGGUUGUUACUGUAUUUUCUGCUUCUAAUUAUUAUGAAGAAGGCAGCAAUCGAGGAGCUUACAUCAAACUGAGUUCUGGUAUGACGCCUCGAUUUUUCCAGUACCAAGUAACUAAGGCAACAUGCAUGAGACCUCUUCACCAAAGGGUGGAUGCCAUGGAAUGCAGUGCCAUCAGAAUAUUAAGAGAGAGAAUAAUUGCACGAAAAACUGACCUUAUUCGUGCUUUCCAACUUCAAGACUACACUAAAUCAGGAAAACUGUCUAAGACCCAGUGGGCUUUUUCCAUGGAGAAGACUUUGGGGCUGAAUUUACCAUGGAGAUCUCUGAGUUCACAUCUGGUAAAGACAGACAAAGAUGGAAAUAUUGACUACAUGUCCAGCUUCCAGGAUAUACGCAUUGAAAAACCUGUGAAAGAGAUUCAGUCUACUCUGGUUGAAACUCUGUACAGAUACCGAUCUGACCUGCAAAUCAUAUUUAAUAUCAUGGACUCUGAUCACUCAGGCCUGAUUUCCAUGGAAGAAUUUCGUGCCAUGUGGAGACUUUUCAGUCUUCACUACAAUGUUGAACAUAUUGAUGAUUCCCACGUUGAUGAGCUCGCCAGCUCAAUGGACUUCAACAAAGAUGGAAGCAUUGACUUUAAUGAGUUUCUAAAGGCUUUCUAUGUAGUGCAUAAAUUUGAUAAGUUGGCCAAAUCAGACACCACCCUUGCUGAACAGGAAUGAAGGCUUCCCUCAGGCUCCUUGUAAACAGCUGGGCCCAAAUCACAUGCAGUUUUUUCCAGGACCCUUGAAAUUUAUUGUCAGUAGUAGAGAAAAGUAGACUGCAAUUCACACCACAAACACAUGCAUAGUACAGGUUUUGGAAGUCCCUAGUUAAACUGUUAUUGGUAAGAUUAGGUUAAAUGCUAGCUGAUAAGAUUUGGCUUCAGUGUUAGGACCAAGAAAUUAUCAGCGAGAAACUGGGUUUGAGCCUAGUGUUGGUCUCCUGAAUACCACCUAACCAGGAGACCAGAGCAGUUUGUAAACAUAUUGAAAGGAGCCCACAAAGCACCAGAGAAAACUAUUAAGUGCAACAUCUGUGAGUAACUGAGGGUUGGGAAGAGGAAUACUAAAUUACUAAUCGAAUAAAAUACUUCCAUCCUUAAACUGUAAUCUUUUUUGGUGAUUUCGUAAACCAGUAAUCCUCAAUUGGCGGGACCACCCUUCUGAGAUGGAGACCAUAUCAGAUUCUUGGGGGAAGCAGUGGGAAUAUAUUAUUUGAAAAAGCGUAUUUUUUCAUGUUUGUUGGAGAUGCGAAGUGAAUACCUUUGGAUUGAGCCCUACAAUUAAUAUGGUUUACCAUCACUGGUAAGAUGGGGCCUUGGUUAUGCAUACCAUCAAACAGAAAUUAUAGGAGGCCAUUGUUUUGGACUAGGCUCCUGCACUAGGCCCCAACAGACCAAAGAUCAAAAUGGAGUCACUUGUGCUGAGGUUCUACAUCACCAAACCAAAACGGAGUUGUUAUUUGACCUUCUGAGAAAUCAGGAGAGAGAGAUAACAGCCUAAUUUCCCAAACAGGCCAGUUCAAUCAGCAUGAUAAUGAAGUUCCCUCUGCCUUUAAUCCUUAUAACAAAAAGUAACCUGAAUUAACCAGAUAUUAAUUAAUCAGUUAUUUCUUUUUUGUUCUGUUUCCCUGUUCCCACCUUACAAGGAAAGUAACUUAAACAAUCCACUUUUUAUUCUUUGUUUGUUUUCAGCCCUUCUCUGUCUUUAAAAUCAAUUCCUU